UUAGUUUUCGUUUGAUACCCACAUUUUUCUUUUUAUUUUCUUUUUUGAGAGGAAAAUAAUGAUCUGGAACGAGAGAUCAGGACCAUCCAUGGGUAGCCUGACCUUGUUUUGGGGUUUGCUGCUGUCUAUCUCCACUAUCCACAUAAGCUCCAUAUAUGGAGAGAUCUGCAGCCCGAGUAUUGACAUCCGAAAUGACAUCAGCGAAUUCAAACGUCUUGAGAACUGCACUGUGGUGGAAGGUUACCUACAGAUCCUCUUAAUUAAUGAAAAAACGAGUAACAUCAACCAGGAGGUCUUCCGCUCACUUAGUUUCCCAAAGCUGACCGUCAUCACCGAUUACCUGCUGCUGUUCCGUGUCUCGGGCCUGGACAGCCUCAGCAUACUCUUUCCCAACCUGAGCGUCAUACGAGGGCGUAACGUCUUUUACGGCUUCACUUUGGUGGUCUACGAGAUGACCAGCCUGAAGGACAUUGGCCUGUACAACCUGAGGAACAUCACCCGUGGAGCCGUGCGGAUUGAGAAGAACCCAGAGCUCUGCUACCUGGACUCGGUGGACUGGUCGCUGAUUAUGGACGCUGAGGUUAAUAAUGUUAUAACUGGGAACAAGAAGGCAAAGGAGUGUGACAACGUCUGCCCGGGCAUCAUGGGGGAUAACUCUCUGUGUCAGAGGACAUCGAUCAACGACAACAACGACUACCGCUGCUGGACAUCCAACCAGUGCCAGAAAGUGUGUCCGGAGAAGUGCAAGUUGGCCUGUACAGACAAAGGCCAGUGUUGCCACAGCCAGUGCUUGGGAAGUUGCACCGAACCCUUCAACGACAAGGCCUGCUCGGCUUGCCUCCAUUACAACCACGACGGUCGCUGCGUGCCUGAUUGUCCCCCUGGCACCUACAAGUUUGAAGGCUGGCGCUGCAUCACCAUAGAGAUGUGUGCACAGGUGCACCUGCCCAGUGACACUCACUUUGUCAUCCACGGCGGAGAGUGCAUGCUGGACUGUCCCUCUGGUUUCAUGCGCAAUGAUACUAAUCGAAUGCUGUGCACUGCUUGCAACGGUCUGUGUGACAAGGUCUGUCCAUCAACUGUCAUCGACAACGUGGACGCUGCUCAGUCCCUGAAGGACUGCACUUUCAUUGAAGGCAAUUUGGACAUCAACAUUCGCAGAGGAAAUAACAUCGCCUCUGAGCUGGAGAACUUUAUGGGGCUUAUUGAGACAGUGACAGGCUACGUGAAGAUUCGACACUCCCACGCUCUUGGCUCGCUGUCCUUCCUCAAGAGCCUCCGUUACAUAAAUGGGCAGGAGCUUAUUGAGAAUAUGUACUCGUUCUCCGCCUACAACAACCACAAUCUGCAGUUGUUGUGGGACUGGAGCGAACACAACCUGACUAUUCGGGCUGGACGCCUCUUCUUUCGUGGAAACCCAAAGCUCUGCAUGUCUGAGAUACACACCAUGUGGGAAAAGACGGGCAUAGGUGUGAAGCCAGAGGAAGGUGAUUUCCGCAACAAUGGAGAAAGAGCCAGUUGUGAAAGUCAUAUCUUGAAGUUCAAGUCAAACAUCACAACAAGCGACACAAUCAAGCUGACUUGGGAGCGCUACCAGGUCCCCGAGCAUGGAGACCUUAACAGCUUCAUUGUUUACUACAAGGAGUCACCUUUCCAGAACAUCACAGAGUUUGAUGGCCAAGAUGGCUGCGGCUCAAACAGUUGGCACAUGGUAGACGUAGAUCUUCCUCAGGAUGAAAACAUCAACCCAACAUUUACUCUUCAACAACUGAAGCCCUGGACCCAGUAUGCUAUAUUUGUGAAGGCCACCACCCUGCAGGUCAAAGACAAACACAUAGCUGGAGCUAAGACCGAUAUUAUCUAUCUGCGCACUCGCCCAUCAUUGCCGUCCGUGCCCAAAGAUGCCCGUGCAUAUACCAACUCUUCAGCCAAGCUGGUUGUGAAGUGGUCGCCACCUGCUUCUCCCAACGGGAAUCUGAGUUACUACCUGGUGCGCUGGCAGCAGCAGCCAGAGGACAGGGAGCUCUUCCAAUACAACUAUUGCUCAAAAGACCUGAAGGUUCCGAUCCGGAUCCCAGCAUCAGGGCUCACAGAUGUGGAAGACAAAAUGAAGCCCGCCAAGUCGGACCUAGCAGGGGAGAAGAAGGGACCUUGCUGCGCUUGCCAGAAGACACCUGAAGAGAAGGAUCGGGAGAAGCAUGACCGAUACUUCCUAAAAGUUUUUGAGAACUUUCUCCACAAUGCCAUCUUUCUGCCGAGACCUCCGGACCGUCGACGCAGAGACAUUUUCGGUGUUGCAAACAACACUUUGCUUCAGGAGGGUGGUCAGGGAAAUACGUCCCUUGGCCCCGGAGAUAACAGUACAGAUGGCAUUCCUCCUGUCGUAGAGUACGCCUUCUUUGAGGACAAAACCCUGGCAGAACAUUUGGAGAUCUCCGGGCUGCGGCCUUUUACCGUGUACCGUAUCGAGAUCCACGCCUGCAACGAGGAAGUGGGCUACGACUGCAGCGUUGGAGCUUUUGUCUUCUCCAGAACUAAACCUGCUGCUAAAGCUGAUGACAUCCCUGGUAAGGUUGUUUAUGAGAGGAGUGAGAAGACUGAAGGGUGUGUGGUUCUGUACUGGCCCGAGCCUGUCAUGCCUAACGGACUUAUUCUGAUGUAUGAGAUCAAGUACCGUCUGGGUACCGAGCCUGAGAAACAUAGCUGUGUAUCGCGGCAGCAGUACCGUCAGCACAAAGGAGCCCGUCUGACCAAUCUGAGCCCAGGAAACUAUUCUGCCCGCGUGCGAGCCACGUCUUUAGCAGGAAAUGGCUCGUGGACGGAGAGCAUUUCCUUCUACGUUUCGCCACCUAAACGAGAUGACGUUGUUGCACUCUACUUGAUCAUCCUACUUCCCAUCCUAGCGACUAUCUUAAUUGUCGGCCUCACCAUCAUUGCCUUCUUUAUCAACAAAAAGAGGAACAACAACAGACUCGGGAAUGGAGUUCUUUAUGCAUCUGUCAACCCAGAGUACAUCAGCGCUGCUGAAAUGUACACACCGGAUGAGUGGGAGGUGGCCAGGGAGAAGAUCACCAUGCACAAAGAGCUGGGUCAGGGCUCCUUCGGCAUGGUGUACGAAGGCAUCGCGAAAGGCGUUGUUAAGGACGAGCCUGAGACGCGGGUGGCCAUCAAGACUGUCAAUGAGUCGGCCAGCAUGAGGGAGCGGAUAGAGUUUUUAAACGAGGCGUCUGUCAUGAAGGAGUUCAACUGUCACCACGUGGUGCGGCUGCUGGGUGUGGUCUCUCAGGGACAACCAACCUUGGUGAUCAUGGAGCUGAUGACCCGUGGAGAUCUAAAGAGCCACCUGCGCUCUCUGCGUAAUGAGAACUCUAACACUCAGGUGCUACCCCCGCUGAAGAAGAUGAUCCAGAUGGCGGGGGAAAUUGCCGACGGUAUGGCUUACCUAAACGCCAACAAGUUCAUCCACCGAGACCUGGCUGCCAGGAACUGCAUGGUAACAGAGGAUUUCACGGUGAAGAUCGGAGAUUUCGGCAUGACCAGAGAUAUUUACGAGACAGAUUACUACAGAAAAGGAGGGAAGGGCCUGCUGCCUGUUCGCUGGAUGUCUCCAGAGUCCCUGAAAGAUGGUGUCUUCACUACAAUGUCUGAUGUCUGGUCAUUCGGUGUUGUAUUGUGGGAAAUUGCCACCUUAGCAGAGCAGCCUUACCAGGGAAUGUCCAACGAACAAGUGUUGCGCUUCGUCAUGGAAGGAGGACUCCUGGAAAAGCCUGACAACUGCCUAGACAUGCUGUUUGAGCUAAUGAGGAUGUGCUGGCAGUACAACCCUAAGAUGCGUCCAACCUUCCUGGAGAUCAUCAGCAGCAUCAAAGACGAUCUGGAUCCCCAUUUCAGGGAAGUAAGUUUCUUCUUCAGCGAGGAGAACAAGCCACCGGACACAGAGGAGCUGGACAUGGAGGUGGAGAACAUGGAGAACAUUCCACUGGACUCAGUAUCUACGAGGCAGCCGUCUUCUUCUUCUGCUGCUGCUGUUUCGUCGUCUGGGUGCGCGGGAGGCACGUCGCCUCCUUCUGCCCAGCAGUUAUCACUCAUUCAGGGCCCAAGUACUCCAUUACUAGGACCUGUGUCCCCUUCAUCCCCGGUAGCCUUGGCCGGAACGUCUUCAGGACAAGGCUCGAACAAGCACUCAGGACACGCUUUGGCCAAUGGGCCCGUGGUGGUGCUUCGGCCCAACUUUGACGAGUUACAACCAUACGCACACAUGAAUGGGGGUAGAAAGAACGAACGGGCGUUACCGCUGCCCCAGUCGUCGGCCUGCUGAUAUCAGUCCAGCACCUCCUUUUUCCUCUCACACAGGGUAUUAAAACCUCUCUUAAGUCUUCUAAGGAGGGGCGGAUGAGGUUUGAACAUUACUGUGUCCUGUGUGUGCCAGUAGACGGUCUCUCCGCUGUUUCAGGAAGGAACAAAAAAGCAGAGGACCUAAACUGUACAAACAGAUCAGAAACCUGCUGAGGCGUCUGGAGUUGGGCGGCUCAGACACACACUGGGGGACUCCUUCCUGGGCAGCCUGCAUAUUUCAAAUUUUCGUUCCACAUGAGACGGAAAACGACGCACACAUGCGUCCUGGCACGCACAAACUUCAAGUAAAUCCUUUUUGUUUAUAGCAUAUCUGCCAGCAAAAAACCAACAGAAGAGCACUUUUUUUUGUCCUGAGGAUUUCAGAGAUGAUGUGAUGGAUAUUUGAGUGUGUAUUUAUAUAAUCACGUCUUUCUCUCCACAAUAUGAUAUAGCAACUUUUUUUAAUUACUUUGUUUCCAUGAGCCGACUGGCUGGUGUUUGUUUGUGUGAGGUUGCCUCGAGUAAAAGGUUUGGAAUAUGAUUCAUGUUGCAUUUAAAUAUUGAAUUUUCUACGUGAUCCUCUUGGGCGGGUAUGGGUGAUACAGGUGGACGGCCUGUUUUUUACCCGCCAAAUAAUUGCCAAAAUUGAGCGUUUCUUUCAUGUUUCUCCUUUUUUAUGUUAAAGGCUGUGAUUCACAGUUGAUAUUAAUCAUUCUGUGCAAUAAUAGCUGAAUUAUUUGGUGUUUUUCCAGACUUUUUUUUCCUUCGAGUGAUCAUAACUGCUCUGGAAGCGAGGUUUACCAGAUGUUGCUGUAUCUGCACUGGGUGUGGAAAUUAUUAUUUUUAUUUUUUAAAGAACACAAAAACUCCAGGGAGUGAAUUUUAGUCAGCACUGAAACAAGACAUGAUUGAGCUAAUAUCUGUAAGAAUUUUUUAUUUAAUUUAUAAAAAGCAGACUAAACACCAAGUAGCACUUAUACCACAAAAUAUUUGUCAAUCAGACUCCAAGAUUUUUAUUUGUGGAACUAAAGCAUAAAGUAGUUUGUGUACUGUGUACAUGUUGUACAUUAAAAAGAGUGACCGAUCACAAAAUUAUUUAAAUUAUUACGAGGUAACAUAAAGGCUGUCCUCACUCAUCACGCAUAUUUAUUUUGUUUUUGAAUUGUAAACAAUCAGAAAAGUGGAGGUUUUUGCCCCUCCCAGCUCAAAAUUAGUUUAUUUUUAUAUUUUAUGCAUAUUUUUUCUUUUUUGUUAAAUCAUGUCAUGUGGAAAUAAACAAUAAAAGCAUUUGUUAUUUUAGGGAGCAGUUUUCUGAGACGUUUGCAUAUCAAACACUGAACUGAAAGUGGCCUUAUUAAGAUGUUGCUUUACCACCCCGAUCCUCGCAGAUCUGAGCAAAAGUGACUUCCUUAUCCAUCGAUUUAAGUCACCAAACUGUGAAUCACAGCCUCACGAGUGUCUUUGGUUCAGUUUUGGUUAAAA